CUGGAGCUCGAGACGUGUCUGCAGUCACAGGGUUUAUUUAACACGUACUUCAAAUCCACCCACAUACACUCAUUUAACCAGCAUCGGAGCCGACAAACGCCUCCUGCACCUCCACCUCACAACAACAUCACUUCUGCGUCCUAGUUUUGAGACACCGUAUCUGGAACCAAAACUACUUUAUUCGAGGAAAAUACAUGUGGACUUUUAUGAGAGAGUAACGGAUCUGCUUUUUAUUUUUAUAUAUUCGUGUAUUUUUUAAUUAAAUCUACCCUAUUCUUACAUCAGUAAGACAUAUUAAUAGGGUAAAAUGGAAAGGAUUACCAGUGCUCAGCCUCCUCCAUGUAUGGCCAAACACGCCUCGCUGGAUAUCUCUGACAUGCAAGGAAUGGACUUUCCCAUGUAUGUGUAUAAACCCCGGCGGGGAAUGAAGCGCAGUGAGGACAGCAAGGAUACAUACAAAUUGCCUCAUCGAUUGAUCGAGAAGAAAAGGAGAGACAGAAUAAACGAGUGCAUCGCCCAGUUGAAGGAUUUGCUGCCCGAACACCUUAAACUCACUACUCUGGGACACUUGGAGAAGGCCGUUGUGUUGGAGCUCACACUCAAGCAUGUGAAAGCUCUUAACAACCUGCUGGAGCAGCAGCAACAGAAGAUCAUUUCCUUGCAGAAUGGAAUGCAAAUCGGUGAACAGGGCAAUGGGCACUCAGAAAACAGCGAGGAGAUGUUCCGUUCCGGGUUCCACUUGUGUGCCAAGGAGGUUCUUCAGUUCCUGGCCAAUCAGGAGACCGUGCAUGACCUGACGCCUGCUCACAUAAUCAACCACCUUCAAAAAGUGGCGUCUGAGUUCAUUCAAAGCCCACCAAGUCCUCGUCUAGAGGAGCCCACUCCCAAAGCUCCAGAAAGCAGAGAGAAACCACCAAGCCCACAACCGAAAGUGGCAGAGGGUCACGCCAAAAACUGCGUGCCCGUCAUUCAAAGGACUUAUCCCCACAGCAGUGAGCAAAGUGGGAGCGAUACGGAUACCGACAGUGGCUACGGGGGCGAGCUCGAGAAGCGUGAACUGAAAGCCCAACGGUCGGUCUACUACAGCAAAGACGCUGGAGAUCUCAAGCACAGCGGCAACAUUAAAGAAGAGCUGGAUGAGCCGCAGGCCAAGCGGCAGAGGUCCGACUCUUCAGAAGACGAAUCUCUGUCAGGGCCCGACAUAGUGGGCGGCCACAGCCCCUACAUGAGCUUUUCUCCACACCAGCCCCUUUGCAUGCCCUUCUACCUCUUUCCACACGGAGCAGCCGCCGCAUACUUGCCCAUGCUGGAGAAGUGUUGGUACCCCGGAGCCAUGCCCGUCUUGUACCAAGGCCUCGGCGGCUCCCCGGCGGGCAUGUCUCCUGAGAAACUCCCCUCAUCCCUGGUCAUGUCCUCAAGAGUGGGCUCCCCCGUCACCACUCCGACCUCCAUGGACUCUCCUGCGCUCCUGCAGGCCCUGAAACAAGUUCCCCCAUUAAACCUGGAAACCAAAGACUGAGGACCCACUCUGGGGUCCGCGAUAGCCCGCUCUCUGAAUGUCUUGGUCUUGAGAGUGGACUUCCCUGCUGAAUAAGCUCCCGAAGAGGGUUCGGUUGAAGAGGGCGCGAAGGCAAAGUUCAAAGACGCGCCCUCAAGUACGGCAAACAGCUGUUCUGAUUCCUCUCAGACGUACGUACAACGGCCUCCCUCCAAAUGCAGAGACACACACAUAAGACUCUCACGCACUCUUAUCAACUCCCUCCACAACCAGCAGACAAACACCCAGAGAUGGAACGGUCCGUGUGGACACAGACGGGUGAAGGAGGCCUCGUGCACAGCACUGUGAGACACUGUGAAGAAGGUCAAAACGAGGACAGUGAGCUCUGUCCUUGGAGAAAAAGGACCUGGGGUGGGCGAACAGCUACUCUGCACUUACGCCGAAUGUUUAAGUCGAAAACAAUACAAAACAAUAACCCAGAAUGUGACGUGCAGAUGGUCCCCCAAUGACAAAGACUUUGCCCUUUGCACAAGCACCUUUUCUUUUGUUGAAUGUAAAUGAAAAAGUCAUUUUUGUAAUAAAACAUCACCCCUGUAGAUGCUGCUUUUUUGGACAUUUCUCUGUGCCGUGGAUGCUUGCUCAGGAAGCUCCACUCUCUUCUGCUUUUGUGACUGCUUUAACCGAUAAGAACCGUCCAUUUAGACUAGAAUGCUACCAAAUAAAUGUCUUUGCUUUGGAUGACCCGAGUCCUCAGGUCCUGAGUUUCCCUGCAUAAACGAGGACGCCAUCGACUCCCGAGACGUGAUGCUUGUGUAAAUACGGGAGUGAUGUAAUCACAGCUCCGCUGUAGCUUUUGAGUUUGUCAUCCAUUCGUGCACGUAGGUGAACUUGUUGUGAGGUAACUGCGUUGUGUAAUUAUUUUGUUUAUACUACUUGUACAUCUGUAUUUUUGAUACGUGACCCACACAUACAUUCACGAAUUUUAGACAGCCGAGAGCUGUAUGCCAUGAGAUUGUGUACAUAGCUUUGGACCUAGACUUGAUCUGCAUCAUGUUCUGUGUUCAUUUCUGGUCAAAUUAGGACAGAUCUUGGUUCAUGCUGUUGCCUUUACUUGUUUAAAGCAGUAAACAUGAUGGUGGAUCUCUACAUUUUUAUUCUACAUAGAAGCAAAAGAAAGUGAAUGUAAUGUUAAAAACAAUAUAGUAGUUUUGUAUAGGAAGAGGUACUUACUUUUUAUUUUGGGACCUAAGAGAAGGUUGCUUGAUGUAUAUAUUUUGUCUAAAAAAGUAUUGUUGACAUACAUUAAAGAAAAAGUAUUAAUAAAGUUUUUUUUUUUUCCUGUGGAAAUCA